UCGAUGGUUGAGUUGUUGGGUCGUUGAUGCAAGCGAUAUAAAGUCGAUGUAGUUAUUCGCAGAAGAGUGUAGAGUGGAACGUUUACUGUUUCGCGAAUACGAGCGAACGCGAUUGUCGAGAUGCUGUGGCGUAUCUUUUAAGGAAAAAAGAGGUCGUCAGUCCGCGUCGUCGUGUUUCCGAUAUCGUUCCUUCCAUUUGAACGCACGUUUUUCCAGCCCUGUGUGCCACGAUGUCUCUCAGUCACAGCACAGUGCUGAAAUUAUACAAUACUGUGAUAGAAGAUGUAAUAUCCGGAGUAAGAGAAUCUUUCAUAGACGAGGGUGUCGAUGAGCAGGUUCUGCAGGAGCUUAAACAGAUAUGGGAAACAAAGUUGCUAUCUUGUAAAGCUGUGGAGAUGAAUCCAGAUCCACCAGAAUCACAAGUUCCUCAACUCAACCCGCUCAAAGCUAUAAGUAUCAACAAAGCUUCUGUAGGAAAUCAUUAUAAUCAAACUGGAAAAACAGUAUCGACGCAACCUCAACCACAAGCACAACCAAAACCGCAACAGCAGCAGCCGCAGCAACAGCAGCAGCAGCAGCAGCAAGCACCGCAGCAAGCACAGCAGCAAGCACAGCAGCAACAACGACCUGCGCAACCUCAACAACAACACACGCAUUCUACAGCAGGAACAACAACGUUGCAGCAACACUCGCCAGCGCCGGUGCAACAAGUGGUGGCUGCUUCUGCCGCUGUACUUGACCGACAAGUGCCCAUUCAGAUCACCUUACCGCCCCAAACCGGCGUUCCAGACGCUCCGCAACGGAUUUUGACUAUACAAGUUCCUGCGUCCGCUAUUCAAGGUGAAGAGAACCAGCUGCACACGAUUCUAACAGGUCCCGUAAUUUCCGCCGCUAUGGGUCUUCCAGCGAAUUUAGCUUCGACCCUGUUGCAGCAACAUGUAAAUGCCACGCUACAGGGACAAGCUACGUUAGCGCCACUGCAAGUGAGUCAGCCUAUUCAAGUGGUUACACAAAGUACAAAUAAUAUCGUCACGCAGAGGACGGUGCAGAGUCAGCAACAGAAUAAUAUAGCCCAAUUAGACGGAGCUGCGGGUGACUCUUCUGACGAUGAUGACGAAGAGGAAGAGGAGGAUAAUGACGAUGACGAUGAGGACCUUGAUGAUAAAGAGGAAGAAGAGAACGAUGAGGCGGCAACUCGCGAAGAAGAACCUCUAAAUUCCGAAGAUGAUGUUACCGAUGACGACCCUGCGGAUCUCUUUGACACUGAUAAUGUAGUCGUAUGUCAGUAUGACAAGAUUACAAGGAGUAGAAACAAAUGGAAAUUUUAUCUUAAAGACGGUAUAAUGAAUCUAAGUGGGAAAGAUUACGUGUUUCAAAAGGCAAACGGAGACGCUGAAUGGUAAUUCUAGGGUAUGAUGUGAAUAUCGUGUUGCCCACAGUAAGCUCGGAGGAUGCUAUGCGUAGCAGCUACUUCACUGAUCAUGUGUUCAUGUGAAAUUGCAUUUCAUGGUUAAUAUAGGAUGUACUGGGAAUGAUUCUACUGAUCGUACGACAAUGUUAUAUGGCCGAAAUGGCAAUUCGGGGGAGCAACGGCAAGAAAUAAUCAUAGUUAUAAAUAUCAUAUAUUAACGCAAUUUGCGUUAUCAUCAUCCUCUCUCCCCCUCUAUGGACGACACUACAAAAGCGUCAGAUAUACGGAUUUCACGAACUCCAUUUACCGAAACCAAGUUUAUAUUUUGUAAGUUGUGUCUUUAUGUUCUCUUAAAAAUAGAGCGCAUUAUCGAUAUCCUUGAUUGAGUACUUCCGUCGAAUAUUUUUCAAUACUUUUUGUUAAACUUCUUGCGGAGUAAAACUCAGCGACAAGUUUAAGCAAAGCAAUACAUCGUACAAAUUACAUUAGCUUCGACCUUGUUGCAACAUAUAAAUGCUACGUGUGGGCGCACGUGCUAUUCAUAGUAUGUUACUGUACAGUCAAAACGGACUAUAUACAUAUAUAUAUAAUAUAUAUA